AUGUUGAUCCCUCCUCCAUCACCAUCAAAAUCUCUACCUUGGAUUGAGUUGCCAGCUGAUAUCACAGCCAAUAUCCUUCGAAGGCUCAACGUCGAAGAGAUCCUGGAAAGUGCACAGAGAGUAUGCACAGCCUGGUGGAGAGUGUGCAAAGAUCCUUCUAUGUGGAGGGUCAUCCACAUGGAACCAAGCGGGCCUUUUUUCGAUAUCCCAACAUCAAGGAAGCUUGAAAUGAUGUGCCACGAAGCUGUUGAUCGUAGCCAGGGACAGUUAAUCGACAUUACAAUUGAGUGUUUUGGAACUAACGAGUUGAUUUUGUACAUUUCACGAAGUUGCAGUAAUCUCAAAUGCUUAAAGCUAGUGUAUGGCGGUUUGUCAAGCAGAUGUCUUGGAGAAGCAGUUCAGAAUUUCAGGGAGUUAGAAGAAUUGCAUCUUAUAUUCCAUGACAUCCUCCCCAAGGAGAUUCAAAACAUUGGCACCUCUUGUCUCGAUGGAAUUGCACUGGCAGUUGCCAAAAGCAUGCCUAAUUUGCACCACCUCUGCCUUCUUGGUCACAGGAUGACGAACAAGGGAUUGGAAGCAAUUCUCGACAGUUGCCCACAUCUUGAAUCGCUUGAUAUCCGUAGAUGCUUUGACAUUUAUUUACCUGAGAAUCUGCGCAAGCGAAUUUCGGAGCAGAUGACAUAUUUGAAGCUCCCCAAUGAUCCCAUCGAUGAUCCUCACUGGGCUUCUGAUGAUUUCGACUAUUUUUAUGACUCAGGAUAUGACACUGCCUAUGGACGGAAUUUUGAUGAUCUUGGUGGCUACUCUUCUGGCGACCCUGACAAUUACUUUUAA